ACAAGCUCCAGUACAAUGUAGGGGACAAGCCCUUCAACGUGUACCCCUCAGUGACGCUCUUCACUCUCGACGUUAUCAUGGAGACCGCAAUGGGGAACGACAUCAACGUUCAGAACGACGAAGAAAGCGACUAUGUCAAAGCCGUAGUAGGAAUUGCGGAACUAAUCCAGACGCGGCAGUUUUCACCGUGGCUGCACAGCGACCUCAUCUUCAAGCUCUCAGGGCUGGAGAAGAAACAGCGUCGGUACAUCGACACCCUGCACGCCAUGUCUCUCGGCGCCAUCAGAACCCGACGCAUCGAGUACAACAAGAUCAAGAAGCAAGGGGCGGGGAAUAGUGCUCAAGAACCGCAGAUAAUCGGUGCCAAGAAGCGCCUGGCGUUCCUGGACCUGCUGCUGGAGGCAUCAGAAAGCUCGGACGCUCGGUUGACGGACGAGGACCUCCGGGAGGAGGUGGACACGUUCAUGUUCGAAGGACACGACACCACAGCGGCAGCGCUGAGCUUCACCAUUUACCUCCUCGGCAGGCAUCCACAAAUUCAGGCGCGCGUGGUGCAAGAGCUGAACGAUGUGCUGGGUGAAGGCGAUGUGACCAUCACAACUGAUGCCCUGCGAGACUUGAAGCUCCUGGAGGCGUGCAUCAAAGAGGCCCUAAGGAUCUUCCCAUCCGUUCCAUUCGUUGGGCGCAAGCUCCUAAAACCUGCUACUCUCAACGGCUACGAGCUUCCGGCCGGCACAAACGUCAUCGCCAUGAUCUACUGUAUACAUCGUGACCCCGAACAAUUCCCCAACCCUGAAGAGUUCAACCCCGAUCGCUUCUUGGGCGACGAAGUAACCAAAAGACACCCGUACUCCUACGUGCCCUUUAGCGCCGGGCCCCGGAACUGCAUUGGCCAGAAGUUUGCCCUGAUGGAAGAGAAGGUCAUGAUGGCGCAUUUCUUACGCACUUAUGAAGUGACUGCCAAACAGAGCUUCCAGGAGCUUGGCCUGCUAGGAGAGCUAAUCCUACGUCCUGACCAUGGUGUUAUGGUCACUCUGCAGCGCCGGAAGUGAUAGGUUCUACUUCAUGAAAUAACAGUGUAAUUAAUGCAGAUAAUCAUGAGGGUGAGUGCGAAAAGUCGGUAUUGAGAACGUGAACCGAGGAGCGUGCUUGCAAAUAGUGAAAGCACGCAAUCAUCAGGUCCAAUAUUCUUGUCUAUUGUAGGGUGGAGAUGAGCAUUCAACAAGUCUUAUAUUCUUAUCUAUUGUUGGGUGAAUACAGGCAUUCAAUUUGUAUGUUUAAAACAUCUACAUCCAGAUUUUAAUCUCACGGCACAAUAAACUACAAUCCGUAAUGAACGCUGCUGCUCGGCUCGUGUGUUAUAAGCAAAAUUCAUCCACGUGACGCCGAUAUCACGCGACCUUCACUAACUGCGCAUGCAGCAGCGCACGCUGUUCAAGGUCGCUGUUCUGACGUUCCGAUGCAUUCAAGUUUUGGCGCCUUCUUAUCGCGCAGCAGACCCUUAAAGGUCUGCUGCUCGCGUCGGAUCUGACUUCUAGAAGGCGACUGCGCUCGUCAUCAACAGGGGACAUCGUCGUACCAUCUACACGUCUAUCUACCGUCGGGGGCAGAGUUCCCUGUCGCUGCCGCAAAAUUCUGAACUGGUCUGCCGACUUCCUGGUCUGCCAGCUUCCAUAACAGCGGGUCUAUCGCCAGUGCUUCGUCGACACCUAAAGACUGAACUAUUUCGUAUAGCCCAUGAAUCUUGUGAUUUGUUAUUAUUAAUUAUCCGUUCGACCGUUCAUAUCCAUUCGCGCGCCCUUUUAUUAAUCGCUUGCUAUUAAACUUAUGAGUAACGUGCCCUCGAGGUUCGUUCGACCUAGACGCCUCGAAAAUCGACUCGUGGAAAAAAUAUAACACGAUAGUUCACUGACACUGCAGUCACCCUAAAGCCAGGACCAUGGAUGAGCAUGCUAUGGCUUCCUUUCUUUAAUGUGUAAAACGCGUUUCUAGUACAUAUUUACUUUUUUUACAUGCAGCACGCAUUUUUCACAACGCCGACGCCAUGAUUCCAUGGCCGCUGCGAACGCUUCUUAAGGUGUAUAUGUUGUGACCACUGGAAAUUUGCUGUCGCAAGAGCUACCUGGCUGAAGUAUGUCUUAGUUGACGUAAUUCAGCCAGGCAUAAUAUUUGGUUAUAUUUUGCAUUCUUGUGGAAGCUUUUAGUUUUUUUCUGGCGUCUUCAGAGAUAUUCAGUUUGAAAAAAAGCGUUAAUCUAGUCUUUCCAUUUUAUUUUUUGUCAGAAUUUUGUUCGUCGAAGUAGAAUCUUUUCCUUUGUGUUGUUUUGUUCUGUUUUGAUUUUUUAAUUCAAUAUUUAAGUCUCCUAGAAACCUUUUACUCACGUACCAUUCAUAUUCAUAAUUGGCUUGGAUUAUAAAAUAUCAACUGCUCAAUCUUAAUGUAUUUUGCAAUACAAUUUUGUGGCAUUAAAUA